AUGAUACAAGCGCUCGAUUCUGAAAUCAGAAACGAUGUCUCUAUCCAAACACUUCCGUUCAUGGCCAAGGCUGAGAUGAUGAAGCAUCGAGAACGUGCAAAGUUUCCCUGUGUUACUACCAACUGGAGCGAGCCCGUGGAAACACCUGACCUCAUCCAACUUUACCGAGAUCUUCUCGACGAGCCUAUCAAUGAUAUCGAAGACAUCGAAAUGGUCGAGCAGGAGAUUAACCGACUUUCCCUGACAGAGGAUUUAAAGCCAUGGGUUGAGUUGAGCCAGGAGGAUCGAUGGGUGUUGCAACUCUAUAACGAGGAGUGCUUCGAGCGGUACGGCGGCUUGGACAUCUGGUGGGCUAAAGGCAUACCUGUCGUGGUCUACAGCGACCUCAGAGGCCACCUGCUAGACGAUGAUUAUGAAGAACAUGGCAAGAACGCGUAG